CAACUUUACCGCGAGGAGGCUGUCAAAAUGACUUCAUGGUAAACACAGUAAGUUAUAGACAUCAUAUAGUUGAUGUCUUCAUAACUACAAGACAAGCUGAGCGUGGAUGCCUAAAGCUGACUGGACCUCCUUGCAGUUCUGAAGCCCUUCAGGCAGGAAUUUUGAAUGUUAGUGUCAAACAGCACUUUUCAACAAAAGGCAGAGAAGUAGAGAAGAACACCCGAAGGUCCUCUGGAACCUGGUCCUGUCUCAGCUGGUCCAUAUGCCUACAAGACAUUUGUCCAGCUGACAGCGAGCUUGUUUGUUGGACAUGAGCGUGCUGGGCUCCAUUAAGGCUGGAGGUCUACUUGUGUGAGAUUUAAAGCCAGGAGAAGGCCCAGCCAUGGAGGGUCUGAGGCAGCUGGACAUGGUGGGUGACAUCAGCCCGGCUGUGGAGGCCACUGAGGACUUCAUCCACUGCAUGGACGGCAUUCAUGGCCAAGGUCUGAGCCAGGGUCAGACAGGGGUCCUCCAAGCCUCCAUGCAACCCAGGAAGCUCCAGGAGGUCUCGGGUGCAGCGCUGGCUAAGCUGAGCUCCAGUGGUGUAUGGAGCCUGCUGGCGGGGGAGCAGCCAGAGGUGGGACCACUAGGACUGGCGUGGGCUGACAACCUGAGCGUGCUGGGCCUUGGCGUGGGGCUAAGGAACGGCAAGAGGAGCCGAGCGCGCUCCACCAACGACCUGGCGGCCCACGGCAAGGAGGGUAACGGCACCUCAUCCAACAGCACCUUCAAGAAGGGACACAACCGCUCCAGGUCGGAUGUCAACUACCGGCCGUCCGCCUACACGGACAACGGACUCCUCACUGUGGACACUGUGAAGAACAGCAACCUGCAGCACCAGCACCAAGGUGAAAAGAGCAGCAGCAGCAGUGUUCUGAAGCAGGCUGAGAUGGAGCAUCGUGAAGGCCAGCGAGGUCGCUGGACCAUGUGUCACGUGGAGCUGACGCCCUGUGAGCUCCGCCUCUACACGCUUGACAGCAGUGCCAACCGCCAGCUGGGCACCGCCUACUCACUGUCGCACUGCCAGAGUGUAAUGUCGCCGGCGCCGUGUGGCCAGGUGGGCCAGCCCGCUGACCCGCGCACGCUCCAGACAGUGUUCUUCAACAGCACGCGUGUCCAGCUGAGGGCGGGCAGCCAGUGGGAGGCCAUGGAGUGGAGGCAGCUCAUGUGGGAGAAGGUGCAGGCGGUGAGGCCUGAGAGGCAGGGGAACCGUCAGAGGAAGGCGGUGGUGGAAAAGGUCGCCACAUUCCCCGCCCCCAUGUCGCCCUCCUCGUCACCCUCCAGGUCUGACGGCGACAGUGACACCUCGGCUGAGGUCUCACUCCGGUCUGAUGGCGGCCCCCUAAGCAGACCGACCACGCUGCCGCUGUUCAGCCAGCGAUGCCAGGAUGUCUUUAAAGCAGGACUGCUGCACCAGCUUCUGGACCAGAACAACUGGAGGACCCUCACCUUCGUCCUGACCAGAACCGCCCUGCAGGCUUUCCCCACAGAAGGCCGCGGGUCUGUGUCGCAUCCCGUCCGCCAGUACCCACUGGCCUCCUGCCUGGGUGUGCAUCCAGACCCGGAGCAGGAGGAGCCGUGGACAGACCGAGGUGACCGCUUCCGGGCAGUGUUCCCCAACGACAUGCUCCGACUCCGAGCGGACACCAAAGUCAGGGCUCAGGAAUGGAUGGAGGCCCUGAGAGACGCGGUGGGUGCGCAGCAGCCUGCACGUGAGGAGGGGGACGCGCCAGCCCUGCAGGGGGUGCUGUUGAGGUCCCGAGAGAGAAGGCACAGAGACGCCCAGAGAGCCAAGCGUCAGUCAGUUACCACCAGCUUCCUCAGUCUUCUCACCUGUGUGGCCGUGGAGAAAGGACUGACUGCUCAGAGUUUCAGGUGUGCAGGCUGUCAGCGUCCAGUGGGUCUCUCUAGAGGAAAGGCCAAGGUGUGCCAUUACAGUGGUUGGUAUUACUGUCAGAGCUGCCACCGGGACAACACCGUCCUCAUCCCAGCACGCCUGCUGCACAACUGGGACACCAGCAAGCACAAGGUGUCGAAACAGGCUAAGGAGUUCCUGGAGUUCGUGUACGAGGAGCCACUGCUGGAUGUCCAGCAGCUCAACCCUGGUCUGUAUGAGCACUGCGAGGCUCUCAGCGUGGUACUGCACCUCCGCCAACGACUCCAGUCGCUGCGAGCAUACCUGUUCAGCUGCCGUGCCACCAUCGCCGAGGAUCUACGACGGAGAAUCUUCCCUCGGGAGUAUUUGCUUCAGCACAUUCACCUCUACUCCAUGGCUGACCUGCAGCAGGCUUCCUCGCUGGCUCGGCCUGACAGAGACUCUCACGGUGAAAGACAGGGCAAAUCUCUCCCCCCACCACCACCACCUUCCCUCUCUAACGAAUCCAUCCCCUCCUCCUCCUGCACCCCCACAUGGCUUGGCUAAUUGGUCACAUUGAGACUCAACAGGCGGGAAAACAAAGCGUGACAUCCCUCCAUUGUUGUGGACAUGCAAUCCGCCUCACACACAUACUUGGUAGCAUGUUAGCAUGUGGCUAACACUGAUUAUUUUGUACCAUUUUUGUAAUCAUCACGACUCCGGGUCGCCGCUGCUUCUUGUUCCUCCCCUCUCGGAGCUCCACAAGCACUUGUGUCUUAAUUGGCGCUGCACAUGAACAAGAGCUGCUCCUGCUUUUCAUGCUGCUUCUCAAAGAAGACAUGCUUGUCAUCAGCGUGGCUUUUCUUCUUCCCGCUCAGAGGUCAGCCCAAGCCCCGCUAGCGUCCGGACCAUAUGGAGGGAGCAUAUUUGUUUGUCCAACCACGCUUUGGCCCUUUUUUUAAAGCUCUGUGUGGGCUAACAAGCACUGAAGUGGUAGAAAAAGAGUUUGCAUCAUGCCUGGCUUAAAGCGCUAAUCAUCCAUUGUAAUGAACAAUGUUACGGGGAAGGAAGUUACGUGAAAUAAGUGCACUCCGGCGUUACAGUCCUCACAAAGUUAACACAACUCUGCUUUACUUCUUUGUACACUUGCAUGACACUUAUUUUCAAAAUGUGACUUCAGCCCAGGUCACAAGCGGUUGUACGGGCUCCUACUGCUGGUCUACGUGCAAAACAACGCAAGAAACGCGCAGGGCGCGCAUGUGACGUGCUGAUUUUCGAGCUGUAGACUGGCCACUCAGGUUCUUUGUCAUGUCAACCAAACUUUACAGGCGCUUGCAGUUUUUUCAGGUUGCAAGAAAAGCCAAUGCACUUCCUACGUCUGUGUGUAAUAAUUCCUAAGUUGUUUUUUCCUCUCUUUGCUCCGUACGUUUUUUUGCAUGUUUGUCACACUUCAAUGUUUCAGAUCAUCAAACAAAUGUAAAUAUUUGUCAAUGACUACACAACAACACAAAAUACAGUUUUUAAAUGAAACUUUAUAUUAAGGCAGAAAAAACAUCCAAAGCUACAUGUCCCUGUGUGAUUGCCCCCUAAAGCUAAUAACUGGUUGGCUGCAAUCAACCUGCAAUGAGUCUCUUCCAGCGCUGGGGAGGAAUUUAGCAGAAUUGUUGUCAUUCAGCCACAUUGGAGGCUUUUCCUUUUGAAGGUCAUGCCACAGCAUCUCAAUAGGAUUCAGGUCAGGACUUGGACUAGACCACUCCAAAGUCUUCAUCCAUUCAGAGGUGGACUUGCUGGUGUGUUUUGGAUCAUUGUCCUGCUGCAGAACCCAAGUUGCUUUCAGCUUGAGGUCACCAACAUUCUCCUUCAGCACAAUUCAUGCUUCCAUUCAUCACAGCAAGUCUUCCAGGUCCUGAAGACCAUCACACUACCACCACCAUGUUUUCCUGUUGCUAUGAUGUUCUUUUUCUGAAAUGCCAGAUGUAAUGGACACACACCUUCCAAAAAGUUCAACUUUUGUCUCCCAAAGGUCUUUGGGAUCAUCAAGAUGUUUUCUGGCAAAAAUCAGAUGAGUUGUUUUUGUUCAGCAGUGGUUUUGGUCUUGGAACUCUGCCAUGCAGGCCGUUUUUGCCCAGCGUCUUUCUUAUGGUGGAGUCAUGAACUCUGACCUUACUGAGGCAAGUGAGGCCUGCACUUCUUUGAUUGUUGUUGUGGGGUCUUUUGUGACCUUUUGGAUGAGUCAUCGCUGCACUCUUGGGUCAUUUUGGUUGGCCGGCCACUCCUGGGAAGGUUCACCACUGUUCAUUGUUUUGGCCAUUUGUGGAUAAUGACUCUCACUGUGGUUGGCUGGAGUCCCAAAGCUUUAGAAAUGACUUUAUAACCUUUUCUCACUUAUCUCACUUACUUUCUUGCUGAUUUGUUGAUGAAUUUCUUUAGAUGUCAGCAUGAUGUCUGGCUUAUGAGGAUCUUUUCAUCUACUUCACUUUGGCAGCCAGGUCCUAUUUAAGUGAUUUCUUGAUUGAGAACAGGUGUGGCUAGAGAAAUUGAAGUCAGGUAUGAUAAACCAGUUAUGUUUUAACCGGGGGCCAAUCACUUUUUCCACACAGGGCCAUGUAGCUUUGGAUUUUUGCCCCUUAAUAAUAGAAAGCUUCAUUUAAAAAGUGCAUGUUGUGUUGUCAUUGUCUAAUAUUUACAUUUGUUUGAUGAUCUGAAACAUUGAAGUGUGACAAACAUGCAAAAAACAAAAGAAAUCAGGAAGGGGGCCAACACUUUUUCACACCACUGUCUAUGCGUAUAUGUACAGUACGUAUAUUAUGGUGUGUUUGUGUGCUGCCAAAGCGCACUUUUAGCCGAUUAGAAGGUUGAGGAGCACAAAGACUCUGCAUGAAGCAUGGAGGAGGAGCUGGGACUGCAGUGGGAGGAGUCUGUGUGUGUGUGUGUGUGUGUGUGUGUGUGUGCGCAGGUUAGAACAUUGACGCGUGUUGAUGACUUGUGCAGGUUGUUGUAGGCGGGCAGCGUGUGGCCAUCUGGCUCACACUGACACGUAAAGAAUGAGACAUAACUACUGAAAAUGAGAGAAGUGAUGGUAACAUACUUUGUGUAUGUACGAGUGAUCAGUCCCUGAAGGCAUCACACGACUUAUUGAUGAACAAAUGGAGUCCAGUAGUUCAAGUGUGGAAAGUUCUGACUAAAUAUUUGGGACAUGGGGCAGCUGCUGGAAUAUUUUGUGUGUGUGUGUGUGUGUGUGUGUGUGUGUGUGUGUGCAUUUAGCCCAACCCCCCACAAAGAGUGUGACCCACCUCCACCAAUGUGCUGCCUGUCGUUGGAUUGUCUGCUCCAAUUAGAGGAGAGUUCUUAAUUAGUGAGCAUGUCAGCACGCAUCAGGCCAGGCAUUCGUCACUGGGAUGGAGGGAGGGGUAGGAGGGAAGGCGGUGCUGGUCCAGCCCCACCGCAUCGGGUGACGGUGUUGCCGUCAGCACCUGAAACAUUCAUCAUCCUGUCCGUUAAAUUAGGAACACUUUGCAUGGCGACUGUGUCUAGACGCUAAACACUCCGUCAUUUAGUGGGAACAACAACCUUGCGUGUGUGUGUGUGUGUGUGUGUGUGCAUGUGGUCCACUUGCAUGAAGGAGGUUCUAAUUGGCAGGUGGAGGCACUUUUAUGUGAAUGCAGCCUCUCUUCAACGCCGUGUUGAUCUUCACUGCUGGUUUUCUUUUCACUACCGGUCGUCCACUCCUAUUUCCUACUAGACUAAACGCACACGCACACGCACACACACUCUCCUCCGAACCGCUCAUCAUGAAGAACAACUUGCCAGCCGUUUCCUUCACAUGCUAACUUUUCCCUUUCACUUCCAAGAACACGCACAACUUCUAAGAUGGAGCGCUGCCAUGUUUCCCGCAGGAAAUCAUGUGUUCCAGUGUCAAACUGUGGCCUUCACAAGUUCUUAAAUGUUAACACAAGUGGAAAAAGAAGCAAAGCAGCAAAAUGUGUGAGAGUCUGCUUACUUCACGUCACUUCC